AUGGCGGGAGGGUCUUUUGCGCCAAGUGGGGUGGCAGAAGAGAGAGCAGAGCAGUAUAAGGGAAGGGUCACUGGUUUUGUUAUCAUCGCCUGUAUAGUUGCUGCUGUAGGAGGAUCACUCUUCGGCUAUGAUAUUGGGAUUUCAGGAGGAGUCACCUCAAUGGAUGGAUUUCUCGAAAAAUUCUUCCCUGUAGUUUACAGACAAAAAAAGCAUGCGCAUGAAAACAACUACUGCAAAUACAACAACCAAGGCCUUGCAGCAUUUACCUCUUCUCUAUAUCUUUCUGGCUUGGUGUCAUCUCUGGUAGCAUCCCCUAUCACAAGGAAGCAUGGACGUCGAACAAGUAUCAUCUGUGGUGGAUUAAGCUUUAUUAUAGGAGCAACUUUAGACGCUUCAGCAGCAAAUCUGGUGAUGCUCAUUUUAGGUCGGAUCAUGCUUGGUGUUGGCAUUGGAUUUGGCAACCAGGCAGUGCCACUGUAUUUGUCAGAAAUGGCACCAACUCAUCUUCGAGGAGGCCUUAAUAUGAUGUUUCAAUUGGCAACGACACUUGGGAUCUUCACAGCAAACAUGAUAAAUUAUGGAACAGAAAAGCUUCGGCCAUGGGGGUGGAGGCUUUCCCUAGGCCUUGCAGCAGCACCAGCUAUUUUGAUGGCAGUAGGUGGAAUAUUUCUUCCUGAAACACCUAACAGCUUAAUUGAAAGAGGAUUAAAAGAAAAGGGACAAAAAGUUCUCGAGAAAAUCAGGGGAACCUCAGAUAUCCACGCAGAAUUGCAAGACAUAAUUGAUGCAAGUGAUCUUGCAAACUCCAUUAAGCAUCCUUUCAGAAACAUCCUUGAGAAGAGGAACAGGCCCCAGUUGGUCAUGGCAAUCUUCAUGCCAACUUUUCAGAUACUCACAGGCAUAAAUUCCAUUCUUUUCUAUGCCCCCGUGUUGUUUCAGAGUAUGGGAUUUGGCAGAAAUGCUUCUCUCUACUCUUCGGCUGUGACUGGUGCAGUACUUGCUUCAUCCACUUUCAUAUCUAUUGCAACUGUUGAUAGAUGGGGCCGCAGAGUUUUACUGAUUAGCGGAGGAAUACAAAUGAUUGUGUGUCAGAGAAGAGAAUACGCUGUAGCCUGUACGCACCGGCGCCGCACGCCCCCUCCGACUCCGAAUCCAAGCCGCGUCGCCGGACUCGCCAGACUGCCAGAGCCCAGACUCGCCCCGUCGCCCUCCCCUGCCUGCUAUUGGAUUUCAAUUCGUAUGAGCUUACAUAACGAAGCCAGUUAG